AUGGAAAAGACGUUGAAAACGUUUGACAGUUUUCAGAGAAUAUUCUAUAUAAUUAUCUCUGUUGUUGGAGUUCCUGUGAAUUUGGUGGCGAUCGCGAUCCUCUCCCGGGGAAAGUGCGGCCUCUCCACCUGCACCACCCGCUACCUGGUUGUCAUGGCAGCGGCGGACCUGCUGGCUGUCGUCACCGCCGUCAUCCUGAGGCGGAUCAGCUUUUAUUUCUCCGGGACUUUCCUGGACAUCUAUCCGUACUGCAGCGUUAUAUUUGUCCUCAUGUGCGCCACCAGAGACUGUUCCGUCUGGUUCACCGUCACCUUCACCUUCGAUCGGUUCGUCCUCAUUUGUUGCCAGAAGCUGAAAACCAGAUAUUGCACGGGGAAAACUGCGGCUGUAGUUCUGGCGACAACAGGCGCUUUGCUCUGUUUGAAAAACGUCCCGUUUUAUGUCACCUCUGAACCCAGGGUGAUCAUUGACAACGUGCCCUGGUUCUGUGACAGAAAGCCGGCGUAUUAUAAGGAUCCGGGGUGGGUGGAAUAUAGUCGGUUUGAUAAGGUCGUCGUCCCGUUGCUCCCUUUCGUUGUAAUCAUACUCUUCAAUAUCCUGACAGUCAGGCACAUUUUACUGGCCAGUCGUGUCCGUAAGGCGCUGAGGCGACAGGGAAAGGGGGAGAAUCAGAGUGACCCGGAGAUGGAGAGCAGGAGAAGGUCAGUGAUCUUACUGUUCACCAUAUCCGGCAGCUUCAUCCUUCUGUGGUUGACGACUCUGAUUGAUUACCUAUAUUAUAACGUUUCGGGAAGAAAUCCCAACUAUUACAACCCUGCAGAAUAUAUCUUCCGCCAGGUUGGGUAUAUACUGCAGAACGUCAGCCUUUGUACAAACACCUUCAUUUACGGCGUGACUCAGGCCAAGUUCAGACAGGAGUUUGUGAACGCUGUGAAAUACCCGGUCAACGCUCUCAUCCGGAUUAUUAACAAAUAA